CCGAUCUGUCGCUUCGACUCAUUUGUUUGCGAAUAACAGGCGGGGAAAAAUAGGUAGGCGAGACAACGAAACUUUCUCGCAGCGGACUCAACAGCUGCGACACAUGGGCAUGCGGCGACAAUCGAUCAAAGCGAGGCGCGGCAUGAACCGGCUGUGGUUUUUUCCAUCUCUAAUUGGCAACUCAGACGGUCAAAGCCCGUCUGCUCUUUCCCUGACUUACAGACAAUUGCUGAGGUGGCCGGUAGAGGUAUCGGGACAACAGCGGUACUUGCCAUUUCUGUACCUAACAGAAAGGAAAGAAAUCAUCCGUCAUGGAUGGAAAUCAUAUGCCUACCUACCUCUAAAUACCAUCAAUUAUGUGAGCUUUCUUGUCCAGUCCCGUGUUAGGUAAUAUCGCAACCAUCAAAAUGCUCACCAUCCAAGCACUCUUAUUGAUCCUCGGCUGGUUGGCAAUCCACAACCUCCCGGGCGUUGCCGCUCUCCCUGGUCCCUCCAAAACCCGACAUGUCGCCAGCACCAUCCACAUCGACACCAGCAGUCCGAUUACCAAUGGUCCCUAUGAUGUCUCAGACCAUGUCCCCGAUGGCCUCUGGAUGCUCGAGCCCUUCCACAUCGAGCUCCCCAAAGACCGUGAUGGCCAAAAUGAAGGCGCAUAUCAGGGUCCUAUCGCCGAUGGUCCCAACUAUUUUCCCCCCGACAACGCCGCUACUCCUCACGUUGAGGCCUGUCGAGCUAGCCCCGACAACGCUCGAUGCUCCGACAUCAUGAUCUAUGACUGCUCUACUUCCGCCAAUCUCUGCGUGGUUCUGGAUGAUGAUGAUGAUGCAACUCUUGAAAAUGGAGGGGUUCAUCAGCGUGCUGCUGCUACUGCUACUGCUGGCUGCGCCCGUCCUCGACCCCGACCGAGGCCACAGACGACUCGAAAUCCUCCGUUUCGAACUGUUACUUUGACCAACACCUUUACCAUGACUGAGACCAACACUCUAAUCAACACCCGGACCGCCACCUUGACCGCCACUGCCACCUUGACCGCCACUGCUACUGCUAUCAUCCCUUCCUAAACAUUCAUCUUCAAUCUAGGUACCCGACCAGAAUCCGCCCUACCUACCAAGUCCCCUUCUUGACCCUACUCCCCUCGCCGCCGUCUGUCUAUCUGUUGUCCACUCGGGAAAGAAGGGUGCUGGACACGUGCGUGCUGGGAGAGUCUGUAUACGAGAAGGUGCAAAGUACCAGUGUGGGCUUGAAUUGUACUAGGUACGCAUUGCAGUGCAGUGUAGUGUAUCAGUGGGGGCGGGAUGCCAGGACUCAGGAGUGGGUGUUGGGAGUUAUGGAUGCUUGAUCGGGCAGCUUUAGGAGGACGAUUGGAUGUUGGAGAAGAGAACUUGGGAAGCCAUGAUGCUGAUGCGGCAAACAAUGGGACGAGACGAGGGAGAUGGACACCGGGACUUCGUUGAUAAUCUGGAGUUGUGUGGAGAUGGCUGCGCUGGUAAUCCUAAUGACGUUGGACGUUGAAAAGUUACUGUAGUACUGGUAAUAAGCAUUACAUUAUGACUAUG